UUAAGAAACGUCCAAAGAAACCCAGACGGUUGCGACGGAAACCGAUGGAUUGUCAUCAAUGUGGAGAACAUUUUGAAACACAAGCGGCGUGUAUGCGUCAUCAUAUAGCUGAACAUCCGCGCACUUCAUUCUUCUCGUCCACCGAGAGACAUAUCUGCGAAAUUUGCGGCGCCUCCCUGGCGGUAAGUUGACGCAUUUGCAUUUACCUAAUAAUGUCAGCAU